UCCUGUUCAUGCUGGAGGCCGACAGAGGGGCUUUGUCUUUACUUUCUGGAUCAACUGGUUGUUGUUGUUGUUAUUAAUUAUUAUUAAUAAUAAUAAUAAUAUGAUGAUGAUGAUGACGACGAAUAUUGGCUACAAUCUUCUGUCCAUACUCAAGAUACUCAGGAAUCUUAAAAACUUUAAGAAACACACAAUUUUCAAAACAAACAUUCAGAAAUGGCUUGGGGUUCAGAGGGUUAAUAGACUUUCCAUAUGCUUUGUACGUGUGUAACUGCCCUGGGUAGCUUUCCUCCAAUAAUAUUCGACUUCUUUUUUUUAACCCUCAUGUGACGCUUUGUUAUUAUUGUAAUUAUCAGAUUGUUUGUUCGGCAUCUCGGAAUGUUCCCAGGACACGUUAUAGAUUAUAAAAGUUGAACAGACCACCACAGUGGUACAGCAAGUUACUGAGGAACUGUGGAAAGACAAAUACAGUCAAAUUUAUUUUAAGGUGGGGUAUAGCAGCAAUAUAUAUUCAUAUUCUUCUCAUUUUUGAAAAAUAUUUUUUAAAUAAUGUACUUAUCUCACAUCCUCUGAAAAUUCAACAGCUGUUUACAGGAGAAAAAAAAACUGUUUAAACUUUAUUUCUGAAAGUGGACCUGGGUAAGACUGAACAGGUUGUUAAGCUGUUUGUUUUGUACAGGCUUGUAGGAGGCGAUGGAAAACAGAUCAUACAGAUACGAGAUCCUCAGGAUUGAAGGAUUGCGGAUCACACCUUACUCCGCUUAUCCGGUGUUCGUUCUUCUUUUCCUGAUCUAUGUGUUCAUUAUGGUAUCGAACAUUGGCAUUGUCAUGAUGAUAGCAAUGCAGAAAUCUCUUCACAAACCAAUGUACCUUCUCUUCUGUAACCUCCCUGUGAAUGAUGCACUCAAUGCUACCGUUGUACUUCCUGGUUUACUCAAAUACAUCUUGGUGGAAUCUGACAGGUAUAUCAGCUAUGCCGCUUGUGUAAUUCAAGCCUUUGGGGUUCACACAUUGAGCACAAGUUCCCACACUAUAUUAAUAAUCAUGGCUUACGACAGGUACGUGGCCAUAUGCGAGCCGUUACGAUACCACACCAUAAUGACUAACAAAAUGGUUGUAGGUCUGUCUGUAACAGCAUGGGUGACUGCUAAUGUCAUGAUCUUGAUCAUAUUCUCCCUCUCUAUAAGGCUCUCUCAUUGUACUUCAACGAUAUCAAAUCCCUACUGUGACAAUCCUUCUCUGUUUAAACUUUCUUGUGAGGAUGUGUCUUUAAAUCAGAUUGUUGGUUUAUUUCUCACUGUCGUGUUUUGGAUUAUCUCGGUAUCGUCGAUCAGUCUGACUUAUCUAAAGAUCGCACAGGUUUGUCUAAAAAAUCGAAACAGCACACUGAAGAGCAAGGCUAUAAAAACAUGCAGCACCCAUCUGAUUGUGUAUCUCAUUCUCUUUGGAUGUGGCUGUACUGUGAUCAUUUUGCACCGUUUCUCAGCUUAUGAGGGACUUCGGAAUCUGGCCAGUGUCUUACUUUAUGUUAUUCCUCCAAGCCUCAACCCAGUCAUAUACGGCCUUCAAACCAAAGAAAUAAGACAGGGGAUUGAGCAGAUGUUCCUGAGAAGGAAAGUCCUUCCAGGAUGAUUUCCUUAUUAUUGAGUAAAUAUAGAAAGUAUACAAUGAUAUGUAUUGUUAUGUAUAUGAAUGAAGUGUUACAAAAAUGUAAGUAUUGCAAGCAGAAUGACUGGCAAUAAUGGCAUGUUAUACAAAUAUAUAUAUAUAUAGCAUGGAUAAAUUUAUACAAUGUAGCCCACUUCUACUGUUUUAUCUGCCCAGAUAAAGUGAGAUUAAGUAUUACCUUGUCUAUUAUUUUUAUUCAGAUUUUCACUAGAUAUACCUAUAUUGCCUGUCAAGAUGUUUGCUUAUAAAAUAUAUUGCCCAGUACUGUGCAAACGUCUGGUGUAAAGAAAUGCUGUAAAGCAAAGACGACCUCAAAACUAAUGAAAUUGGUUCUAAAAAAUACAUUUAAAAAACCCACACAAAAUACUAUAAAGAGCAGUAAACAGCUCUAAAUGAAACAAAGACAAUAUUUAAUAUGAAAAUCUUUUGCCUUAAACAAUACUUCAGUGGUCUUAGGUACACUUGGUGUAGUUUGAAGAAAUUGGCUGGUAAGGUUUUCUAACUAUCUUGUAGAAUCUGCUAUAUUUAUUCUGGAGAAUUUGAGUGUCACACAUAUGUUACCUUCCUUACUGACAUGAAAACAUUUCUGUGUAACAUUUCGUUAUUUUAUGGGAAAGUAAUGUCUGGAAUUCUGUUUUUAUUUUUUUAUUUUUUUUACUGAUCCAAUAAUGCAG